AUGGUCUCAGAUUUUAAAUAUUCCGCUUGGGUUCACAGUGACGAUGAAGACUCCAGCGAGGAGAGAGCAAAACACAAUGGUUCCAGGACAGUGUUGAACCGGAUGAUAGGACAGAGUAGCUACAGAGAAGUGGCUGCUCCCACCACUACUGUAGAUGGCGCUGGAGACAACCCUGUUGGAGAACUGCAGGAGUUAGCGCAGAAACGUCUACUGAGUCCCCCGCAGUACGAGAUAACCAGUGUGAGGGGACCUCCCCACGAUAGAGAGUUUGUGUGCAAUGUGAAACUGGGGAGGAUUACAAAAAGAGGCCAUCGUCAGUGUUUGGUGCAGCUGUCCACCAUGCCAGUUGCUGUGUGUCACGGCAGUGGACCCACCUCUGAUGAAUGCCAUGUCAACGCAGCCCACAAUGCAUUGCAGUAUCUGAAGAUCAUGACCAAGAAGGCGUAG